AAAGAGAGAUAGAGAGAGAUUGAGCAAAAAGAAACAACUGUUGUUGGAACUUGGGCUAUAAAGUCCUUCCCCCCAUUUAUUCAAUCCCAAUUGUUGUCUAUUCAAAACUAAGAAGAAGAAGAAAGAAGAAAGAAAAGAAAGAUGUUUGCAGCAGAGAAUGGACUGAGAGGAGAUUCAAGGCUCCAAGGAAUCUCUGAUGCCAUUAGAGUGGUUCCUCACUUCCCCAAAGCAGGAAUAAUGUUUCAAGAUAUAACGACACUGUUACUGAACCACAAAGUCUUCAAAGACACCAUUGACAUCUUUGUUGACAGAUAUAGAGACAUGGGCAUAUCUGUUGUUGCAGGGAUUGAAGCAAGAGGUUUGUUUUUCGGUCCAUCAAUUGCGCUGGCUAUUGGUGCUAAAUUCGUUCCAUUGCGUAAACCAAACAAAUUGCCAGGGGAAGUCAUUUCAGAAUCUUAUGUACUUGAAUAUGGAACGGAUUGUCUUGAGAUGGAUGUCAUCUCUGUUAAGCCCGGUGACCGGGCUGUCGUCAUAGACGAUUUAGUAGCCACCGGCGGUACUCUCUCCGCCGCUAUUACACUUUUGGAACGUAUGGGAGGUCAAGUUGUUGAAUGUGGAUGUGUUGUAGGAUUGCCCGAAGUUGAGGGACAGAGAAGGCUAAAUGGAAAACCACUUUACAUUCUUGUACACCCAAGGGAAAUAGAAGAACAGUACUGAUUAUGAUGAUGAUAUGACUAUCAAGAAGAAGAUGAAGAAGAAGCCUGGGCUGAGAUUUCUCUCUUGUAAAGGUGGUGAUGCCUUUGGCCUCCUUCCUCCUCCUGCUGUGUUGGACUCUUCACUAUUUCUCUAUUCUUUUUUUUUUAUUGCUCAUCUUCUCAUUUCCUUUUUAUAGAAUUUUCAACUCUAUCAUUAUCUACUCUCUCAAAAGGGUUUAUUAUUAUUAUUUGUUCA